GGAAAGGGGGGUGGGGAGGAAGGUUCAGGGUGGGAUGGCGGCUCAAAUUCCCAUCGUGGCCACCACUUCCACUCCCGGGAUAGCCUGCAGCAGUAAGAAGAGGCCUGCCAGCCCUUCCCACAACGGCAGCAGCGGCAGAGCCUACAGUGCCAGUAAGAAGAAAAAAGUGUCUGGCUCUAGCUUCGCGCAGGGUAUCGGCAUGGAUGCCAUGAGUGAGAGUAAAAUGGUGCCCUCUGACUUUAACGCCGGACCUAUGGAAAAAGCUGCCAAACCUUUGCCAUUUAAGGAUCUCAACUUUGUGCACUCUGGCCAUGGUGGUGCAGUAGCUGGCAAGAAAAACAGAACCUGGAAGAACCUGAAACAAAUUCUGGCUGCUGAAAGGGCCUUACUGUGGCCGCUGAACGACCCUAACUACUUCAGUAUUGAUGCUCCUCCAUCCUUUAAGCCAGCUAAGAAGUAUUCUGAUGUUUCAGGCCUUCUUGCCAACUACACGGACCCCCAGAGCAAGCUGCGGUUCAGCACCAUCGAGGAGUUUUCCUACAUUCGGAGGCUGCCGUCUGAUGUGGUCACCGGCUACCUGGCCCUGAGGAAGGCUACAAGCAUCGUCCCAUGAGCAUGAGGAAUGGAGGGCGAGUGGAAGACUGAUUCAUGGCUGAGAUAUUUCCUGUUGAAAUCAAUUAUACUUCAGUUGUUGCGUCAAGUAUAGCUGUUUGACAAGAAAACACAAUAAAACUGUGCUUUUAAUUAAAAAAAA